AUGGAGUUGGAAGGCCGAGUUCCAGAGCAAGAAGCCGCUUCUGUUCCUGCGUUGCCGCAAAAGAAGUUUUAUCGGCAGCGAGCCCAUUCAAAUCCUCACUCUGACCAUGACAUAGACUAUCCGAGAACACCGGACGAGAUGGACUGGUCAAAACUGUUCGGUGAUUACGCCAAGGGCAGACAGGUUGAGUUUGCCGAUAUCGGCUGCGGCUAUGGCGGUCUGCUUAUGAAAUUAUCGCCUAUGUUCCCUGAAGUUCUAAUGGUUGGGCUAGAAUUGCGCGUGAAGGUUUCUGAUUUCGUGUCGGAGAAAAUCAAAGCUCUGAGAGCACGCCAUGCAGAUACGAAUGGAUAUCAGAAUGUUGCCUGUUUGCGUUCGAACGCUAUGAAGUACUUGCCAAAUUACUUCAAAAAACAUCAGCUGUCGAAAAUGUUCUUCUUAUUUCCUGAUCCACAUUUCAAAAAUAAGAAGCACAAAUGGCGAAUUAUCACUCCCGGAUUAUUGGCCGUAUACGCAUAUGUGCUGCGACCGGGAGGUAUGACGUUAUACACUAUCCAGUUGAAUAUACACUGA